AGGCAAAGGUACUGUACAUCAGAGUUCAGAGAUGUGGUCGAGAUCGAAAGAGUUGUUUGGUGUUGUGAGUGUUGUGUUAUUUUUGCCGGGAAUUAGAGGUAUGGCUGGAACGAACGCUUCUAGUGCAUAUUCUGCCGUUUUUGUCACAACACCAAAUGAAGAGGUAGCGAAGAAACUGGCUCACGGACUUGUCAACAAAAGAAUGGCAGCAUGUGUGAACAUUAUUCCUAAAAUAACCUCUGUGUACUUGUGGGAGGGUAAAGUGAAUGAAGACAGUGAAGUAUUAAUGAUGAUCAAAACGAAAACAUCAAGAGUGGAGGACCUAACAAGCUUCGUUAAGGAGAACCAUCCGUAUGACGUGUGUGAAGUAAUAGCGUUACCCAUUGAAAAGGGUAACGCUCCCUACUUGGACUGGAUAAAUGACACUGUGACCGAAAAAUAAAUGUAAUGUCAUGUCACCUAAUAUCAUUGAUAUUCUUCCUCAUUCUGGGAGUUGUGAUGAUCUACUGAAACAGUGGGAAGUGUUUUUGCAUUUCAUAUUGUAACAAAUUCUUGAUUCGUUGUUACAGUACAGAACAAGUCACAUUUUCUUGUAUUCCUUAUAGUGUUUUACAUAUUCUUAUUAAUAACUAUUGUAGCCACGUUUGCAGAAAGUAAAAUAUAUCUAAUAAGUGA